UCUGAUUGAGAGUGUAAUUCAGCUCGAAAAGAAUAGAUUUCUUCUUGGAGCUUGGCGGUAUAUUAAUGUAUGUUAAUAUUAUAGAAUCUAUCGGAUAUCCUAAAAUUACUUCAAUAACAAUUUUGAUGAAAUUACAAAGGGUUUCUGCUACUAUAAUCACUAUGGUAAUAAUUUUUAAAUGCACAAAUAGUUAUAAUAUCUUGAGCUACCAAUUGCCGCGGACCCUUGUCACGUGAAGAGUAGAUCGUCGCUGCAGUGAAGGCUUCAGACAUGAAACUGACCCGGAAUAUUUAAACAUAUUUAGGUUACUUUUUGCCGAAUGUUAUUAGUGAAACGUUUUACAUAACAUAAUUUGAUAUUAAUUGUUAUGAGAAAAAAUAAAACAAUCUAUAUUUCCUGAUGUCAUUGUUUCAAGAAGUCAAAGGUAAAAGGUCGCCUACAUUGAGUAACUGUUCUUGCACUAUGGUGGCAUGUUCUGUAAGGGUUGUUAGUAUUUGUUGCAUUUAAUGUCAAAGCUUAGGGAACGUUGCAGUUAUUAAGAGAUGCUGGUCACGAAUUUGCGAAGUCUGGUGGCGUGUGGUUGUCGGACUGCAAGGCAGAGGUUCCAGCUGAGGAAUAACAUACAGCAGAGAGUCUCAUGGAGGGACCCACUGGUGAAAAGGGGGCACAGCUCUGUCGCCCAGUCAGGCACAGCUGCGGGAUUCAUCCCCAACGGGGCCACAGACCGGAUCGUGGGGCGCUGGCUGCUAGCCUGCAGUGGGAUGGUGGUAGGGGCUGUUGUACUCGGUGGUGUCACAAGGCUGACGGAGUCUGGCCUCUCCAUGGUGGACUGGCACCUGAUCAAAGAGAUGAAGCCCCCAGGCAGCCAGGGCGAGUGGGAGGCGGAGUUCCAGAAGUACCAGCAGUUCCCCGAGUUCAAAUUCUUGAACCAUGACAUGACUCUGCCAGAGUUCAAGUUCAUCUGGUUCAUGGAGUACUCCCACCGGAUGUGGGGUAGGCUGGUGGGGCUGGCCUACAUCCUUCCUGCUGUCUACUUCUGGAGACGGGGCUAUCUCAACCGAACUAUGAAGGGCCGUGUCCUGGGGCUCUGCGGCUUUGUCUGCUUCCAGGGCCUGCUGGGCUGGUACAUGGUGAAGAGUGGCCUGGAGGAGAAGCCAGAGUCCUAUGAUGUCCCUCGGGUUAGCCAGUACAGGCUGGCUGCCCACCUGGGCUCUGCACUGGUGCUCUACUGCGCCAGCUUGUGGACCGGCCUGACUCUGAUGCUGCCUCCACACACGCUGCCUGCGACGCGUCAGUUAACCCUGCUCAGGAGAUUUGCCCGGGGCACAGGCGGCCUAGUCUUCCUCACAGCUCUGUCAGGGGCAUUUGUGGCAGGAUUAGAUGCUGGCCUGGUCUAUAACUCCUUCCCUAAAAUGGGCGAGAGCUGGAUCCCCGAUGACCUGCUGGCCUUCUCCCCCACCCUCAAGAACUUCUUUGAGAACCCCACCACCGUCCAGUUCGACCACCGCAUCCUGGGUAUUGGCUCAGUGGCGGCCAUCACUGGCCUGUACCUCUUCUCCAGGAGAAUGGCUCUGCCCAGAAGAGCCAGAAUGGCCAUGACCUCCCUGCUGGCCAUGGCCUACUUGCAGGUGGGGCUGGGCAUCAGCACCCUGCUCCUGUAUGUGCCUACGCCUCUGGCAGCCACACACCAGUCGGGAUCUCUGGCACUUCUCACCUUGGCCAUCUGGUUACUCGCUGAGCUCAGGAGAGUUGCCAAGUAAACCAGGAGGUGGACGCAGCAGACACCACCUUCCCCUCUCCUUCCGUCUCCACGUCUCUUGGAUUUUGGCAUUGCUACCGAUUCACCUACUGUGAUCUGUUCUUUGUCUGCACUGCCUUUACCUACACUGGGAUAAUUCUGGUGAAAUUCAGCCCAGGACUUCCAAACAUUCCUUCCCGAAGCUGUUAUUCAAAUACAUGAGAACUCAAGAGCCACAUUAAAUUGUUUUAGAAGCAUGUGGGCGAGCUUGACUUCAUGCACUCUGGUCAGUUCUUGAGGAUUCUGUUGUCUAAUAAGUGCUGUUUAUUUAUGACAGGAACUUUGCAGUACAGAAUUAAUGCCAGCAGAUGGCAUAUCUUACAGAAGAAUUUGCACAGCAUCCUGUUGUACAUCUGGAGAAUAAGGGAAUUGAAGCAGAUGUACAGUAUAUACGAGUCCUAAAGGGAUAAAGUACUGUACAUAGUGCAUUUGCCUCUUACUCUUGAGUUAGAACUCUCCUGGGCAAUAAACAGAACCCAUUUUGUGAGCAAUCUUAAGCCAUGAUCAAGUCUGUUAUGAAGAAAUUUAAAAGGAUGCACCAACAAGAAAAUAAAAAGGAUGGGCUGGACUUUAUUACUUUCAGAAUCAGUUUGCUUAUGUGUAUAUUUUUUCAGAGUCAUUUAGGAGCUUAGUUUUUUCUGCUGUGUGCUGUGUGCUUCUGGGUUACUUUGAGGCUAUCACCUGUACAGUACUUGGACAGAAAUCUUGAUUCAUUGCAGUUGUUCUUAUCAACAUGUAUACCACACAUUGCUUUGUUGUAGUGCGAGGGGGCAUUAAAGAAAUGUCCUACUGAUAAGCCUUUUUUUUUAGUUUUCUCAAAUCGGAGAAAGCCAAGAGGGAUGUCUUACUAUGAUUUCCAAAUCUCAAUCUAUAACAGAAAUAAGACUGUUUAGACUGUACUUUCCCCAAUUCUUAAACAGCUGACCUACAGUGCAUGACCCAGAUCAUAUAAGUAAUUAUAUUCAGAUUUCCUUAUCAGAAUCUGACAUUUUAAACACCUUUAAAAUCAGUAUUAAUGAAAAGCUUGGCUUUUAUCAAUGUGGUUUAAUGUUGUUGAUCAGACAUACUGUAUGAGGCUCAGCCAGGGGACCUGUUGGCUUUGCACAUAAACAUGUUUCUCUGUUAAAUGUGAUAAAUGCAUACUGUACAUGCAGCUGUUCAGUUCACCAUGACUUGCAGUGACUCACAAAUAGCUUUACAGAAUCAUAUUUAUAAACCUGACAGUUUUCGAACACUGUGAUCCGUUUCCCUACUGAAUAAGUUAUUGGACAGAAGUUUCCCCAGUAUGUCAUUCUAAUCCACUUAUUUUUAUUUAAUUGCCCUUGCAGCUGUAUGGAGAUGUUUACAAAAACUUUCCUGUCACAAACUGGGCAAGUUAAAGUGUGAAAAAAAAGCUAAUCAAACCAAACUCAGGUCCUGACAACAGCUUUCUACAGAAGUAAAUUUAGAAAAGUAAACAAUUACAGUAUACACCUCCCCAGUCAUCAGGGAAUACUGCGCAGCACUUGGCAUGUUUCUGCCUGGAAGUUUCAGAGUCCUGCCAUCUGCAGACAAGGGAACACAGAAAAAACAACCUGGAAACUGAGUUCCCUUUACAGUUUGUGUCCUUUCUAAUAAAGAAUCCUGCCCAGGACUAAA